AUGGCCGCCGUGGCAUCCAACUCGGCUUCGACGUCCAGUCUCGGCCAGCAGCAUGGCACGCCCCGCCAGCAGAAGAAGCUGUUCCGCUCGAUUUCGAGGUUCCUCAGUGGCGGGCGUAGUCGACCCAAGCUAGCGCCCGAGUCGAGCCCGGGCUCACGUACGACCGUCCCCGCCGCCGUCGCGCCGAACCAACGAACGAAUGCCCCACCUCCACAUGCCACCGCCGCAGGCACAUCAUCCCCCGCUUCCGCAACUGGACCCCGCACCUCCGGAACGGAUAGUGCUCAGUCCAGUCCGCGUGCGAACAAUGGUGCAGCCACGAGCAGUGCACCGUAUGUCGACCACGUGCCCAUGGAGUACGUCGGACGAGGCGCAGCAGCGGGACCACCCCCGGCCUUGGGCGCCCGCACGAGUCAAAUCACCGCCAGUUCGGGAGGCUACGACGAAGAGGACGAGCUAUAUCCGCAUUCGAGACGGUCCAUGAUCUCGUCCGAUGCUCCAACGCGCCACUACGACGAUGACGAUGACGACGAGACCGACAACUACUCGGUCGGCGCCGACACGGACGCUUCGAUUCGACCCAUCUCACCAGCAUCUUACGCCCCGUCCUCGAUCGCCUCGUCCUCUUUCGCGCCGACGCAUGCGACACAUCGAAGCUCGACAUCGACAAAGCCGACGACCCAUCUGUCGAUCGACUCGGGGGGAGCAAACCGCAUCGCCGUCGUGCCUGGGACGGGCAUGCUCUUCUCCGGCACCCCAGCCCAUGCGGGUCUCUUGUCGGCAACAGCGCCUUCCUCGAGUCCCUUGGCGAGCGUACCACCUGUGAAUGCUCCUCAACCCGGCGACACGGUGCAGGACGAGCAGAGCACGAUCUCAGCCGCCACCUCGGCCGGUCCCUCGACGCCGACUCGGGAGAUUGCCGAGCCUUCCCUGACCCAUCUGGCUCCUAAAGGAUCUCUGGCACCCCACGACGCGUCGAUUCUAGGUGCUACUCACGCGUCCAACGUCCCCGGUCAUACGCUCGCUCACCCUCGCAACAACCCUCACCCGAACGGACCCCCACCGGACAACGCCUCUAUGAUCACGCUCGCUUCCUCUUCUUUCGCACCUUCCGUCUUUGCGCGCGGGCCGGCGUCCCCGUCCAUGCAUGCCGUCUCGGGGAUCCAGAGGAUAUGGAAGGAGGGAGGUGGAGCACCCUCGGCCUCGGGCGUCACCGCCGAUGAAGAUGCUUCCGUGCGAGCGCUGGCGCCGAGUCGGAGAGCCAGCGACGAAUCUUUAGGCAGUCGCAGUACGUGGUCGGCUGCGGUCGGGCGAGUCGGACUUGGCGGCCCCGCACUUUCCAUCAAGGGUCGAACGCCGAGCAUCAGGACGACAGGAACCGGUGCCGAAGACCUCGAGUCGGCCGGGCCGGACAUUGAGACCGAGGCGCAGAAGGUCGUUCGAAGGGAAGGCGCGAGGAACGAUGCUGUCGUGGCCAAGUUCGACUCGUUGUCAGCGGCGAAUGCAGGUGAUGCGGGAUCCGUUCGAUCCGCACCGUUCAUGCUUGGUUCGGGUGGUCUGAGUCGAUACCUUUCUGCGUCCGACUCGGUCAAACGCGGAUCACCUUCGAUCUCAUCGUCGUUGCGCGGGAUCGCGCCGGCGCCUAGCGAGAAGGGUUUCGGCGAUGAUGAGGACGACGUCGGCUCUUAUGUCGGCACCGAAAGGGACGAUGAGGAUGCCACAACGACGGGGGAGGGGGAAGAGGCUGACGAGAGAGAGUUGCCCAGUCACGCUGCUGCGGAACCGGAUACCAUAAUAUCUACCAUGCCGGAGGAGGCUCACACGGAUCAUGUCAACAACCAGGCCAGCGAGACUAAUGGACAAAGACGACAAUCACUGUUACUGUCGACGAAACUCGGAACACCGAGACCGGGGGAAGCUGAAUUGGUCACGCCGAGGGUCGAGAAAGGAGGCGCCUUUUGGAGGGGCGAUGUCGUCGUGCCAUCGUGA